GCGACACCGGCGACGAUGAGCAUCGAAGGGGCAACCCGAGAUGGUGGGUCUGCGCGGAGGGGUUCGAGUCGGUGUGCGACGGAGGCGGCUCGGAAUCGCCACACCAUCGCCACCGGGGCAGUACCCUUGACAUGGCUUUCCUGGAAGUGGGCGGA